UACAGUGACCCAGACAUCCAAGCUCUAUUGGACAUGGCAUCUACAGUGGAUCCACGAUUUAAGAUGAGAUACACGGCUGAGGACAACAAAACAACAAUUCAAUCCAGACUCAAAGCUGAGAUGCAGACUUUGGCAAUGAUGGUGCCACCCCAAGAAACAGCACAAGAGAUCAGCGAGGAGGAUGCCGAAGCUGGAUGUGCCCCAAAGAAAAAGAUGACUUUAGGAAGCUACUUUAAAACUGCUGAACAAGCCUUGCCACCUAACAACCAGAAAUCCAGUGUAGCCUGUGAGCUGGAAUCUUACUUGCAGUCAAGCUACCUGGAUAGUGAGGGGGACCCAUUAAAAUGGUGGAAAGAACAUGAAAAGAUCUACCCAAGGCUUUCAAAAGUGGCAAAAAAAUACUUGUGCAUACCAGCCACAAGCUCUCCUUCAGAGAGGGCUUUUAGUUCCGGUGGAAAUGUAGUUACUUGCUUGCGGUCUUCCCUAAAGCCCGAUCAAGUUGACAGGCUUGUGUUCUUAGCCAAAAAUCUGUAACAUGUUGUAAAAAUUUUUUAUUCUUAUUUGAUUUUAUUACAAGUUGAUGUAAAAGAGGCAGUUUAAUUUUAUUUAUUUACCACAGCUAAGAAAAACUCUCCAUUCUAAACAUGUUUGGUUUGUUUGUUUUUCUUUAUUUGUGGCUGUAAAGUGCAAUAAGAAUACACAAGUGAAUAAAAGUUCAUUACCAAAGGAAUAAUCGUCAUUAUUAAUCGUGAUAAAA